AUGUCCUCCGACGAGAAACAAUCCGUUCGCAGUGUAGCUGCCUCGUUCGUCUCCAUUUCUCUCCAGGAUACUGCUUUAUCGCCCAGUGGCUCGUUGUUGAUAAACAACGUAGCGAAAUGGGAGGAAAGUGUAGCCGCCAAUACCAAGAUUCAGCUUGCCCGUACCAUUCUUUCUCAUUCCAACAUCCGUUCAGCACUCAUUUCUCGCGACUCCGUCAUUGCCGAUACCCAUAUCUUUAACAACGAGAUAGACUUCAAGACCGGACCUAUUACCAACCAGAAGUCCAGUGGUCGGUGCUGGUUAUUUGCUGCCACCAAUGUCCUACGUUACGGGGUCAUGAAGAAACUCAAGUUGAAAGAAUUUCAACUUUCUCAGUCUUAUAUGUUCUUUUGGGACAAGCUCAACAAGGCAAACUACUACCUGGAGCUAUCCAUCGAGCUUGCUGACCGUCCUCUUGAUGAUCGGCUUGUUUCGCAACUUUCGGAAAACUUAAUGAGCGACGGUGGUCAGUUCGAGAUGGCUGUCAACCUUUUGGAGAAUUACGGCCUUGUACCACAAGCUCUCUAUCCCGAGUCCACUCAUUCUUCAUUUUCCUCGCCACUCAAUGCCCUUCUCAAGACGAAAUUAUGUGAACACGCGCUCAUUCUUCGUGCUCUGUCAAGUGAUUUGAAGGCCACUCUCCGCACUGAGAAGGAAAAGCUGUUGAAAGAAAUCUAUAUUAUCUUGACUGCCACUCUUGGCGUGCCUCCUAUGCCUGAUAAGCAGUUUGUCUGGGAAUACUAUGACGCAGAUGGUAAGGCUGGAAGAUGGGAAGGCACGCCGAUUGAAUUCUUGGAGAAGAACGCGUCUGAGCCAUAUCCUGCUCAAGAAUACUUUUCGUUGGUCAACGAUCCCCGCAAUGAAUAUUCUAAACUGUACACUGUCGACAAGUUCGGCAACAUUUGGGGAGCUCGACCAAUUCUUUGUCAGGAUAUUUUACAUCCACUUUUAUCGUCUUGCCUCAUUUUUCAAGAUUCUAGAUGUUAA